AAAUGUUGACAAAAGUGCGUCCAUCUGGUCGUGACGUAGCGUGCGUCCGUCCAAUCAGAGUGAGGUAAAUAAUGCCCGUGCAGCAGUCUGUGAGCUGACAGCAGCCCCGGCAAUAAACAACAGCCCCCCCCCCACCCCCCGGACCAAAGGUCAGAGGACGGACCGGUCCGUGAACGCACCGCACCGAUCCACAGCCAGGCGGGUCCAUGUCAGAUAAGGUCCAUGAGCUGGUGCAGCGGUGCCGACAGGCCCGGGACAUGGCAUACUGUCCGUACAGCCGCUUCCCGGUCGGAGCCGCGGUUCUGACGGCAGGGGGCGACAUCAUCACAGGUUGUAACGUGGAAAACGCAUCGUACGGUCUGACGGUGUGUGCCGAGCGGACCGCCAUCCAGAGGGCGGUGGUGGAAGGACACAGGAAGUUCAGCGCCAUCGCCGUCACGUGUGAUAUCGAAGACCACUUUGUGGGACCGUGUGGAGCCUGUCGACAGGUUCUGAUGGAGUUUGGAUCGGACUGGAUCGUGUAUCUGACCAAACCAGAUGGAUCCUACAAACAGACCAGCCUGGCGGAACUCCUACCGCUGGCGUUUUCUCCCGCUCACCUCCACAAGAACUGAAGGCGUCCAGCAGCGUUUGGUCCAUCUGUGUGUCGUAGAACCUCUGAAAACGUCCCUCAAACCCCCCUCGGUUACAUUUCACUGUCACUGUUACAAGCACAGAAAUGUUACACGAUUCAACCCCAUUUAUAACACAAACACGCAAAUAACACUAUACAACUGUCAGAGUUUGUACUGAUAAAAUAAAACAUUUUUCUCAUGUGUAAA